AUGAACCAUACAACAGUAGCAGAGUUCAUCCUCUUGGGUCUGACCAGCGACCACCAUUUAGAGAUUCUUCUUUUUGUAGUUCUCCUCAUCGUCUUCCUCCUGAUCUUACUGGGAAACUUCACUGUCAUCACAAUCACUCUGAUUGACCGUCAGCUUCAAACCCCGAUGUACUUCUUCCUCCGGAGUUUCUCCCUUCUGGAGGUCUGCUUUACCUCUACCUUCAUGCCCAGGACCCUUUACGGCCUCCUAAUGUCAAGAAAAGCUAUUUCCCUCCAUGGCUGCCUCAUGCAAUUAUUGUUGUUCUUCUAUUUAGGGUCUUCUAUAUAUUUCCAUCUGGCUCUGAUGUCUCUUGACCGUUACGUGGCCAUCUACCACCCACUUCAUUAUGCCACCAUCAUGAACAGCAGGCGCUGUGUUCAGCUGGUGCUGUGCUGUUGGGUGGUGGGUUUCUUUAUCCUCAUUCCUCCCACAGUCAUGAUUGUCUUAUUGCCGUUCUGUGGGCCCAACCUCAUAAACCACUUCUACUGUGACAUGGCCCCAUUGCUCCAGCUCUCCUGCACAGACACACACCUCAUUGAACUCUUGGUGUUUUUUGCAGCUAUAAUUAUUGUACUUGGAACUUUAUCAGUGUCUGUUGUUUCCUAUGGCUGCAUCAUUGCCACCAUCAUGCGCAUCCCUUCUUCAUCGAGCCAGAAGAAAGCUUUCUCCACCUGCUCUGCUCACCUCAUAGUGGUUGUCAUAUUUUACAGCGCCUCCAUCAUCAGAUAUGUCCGGCCCUCUCAGCGGGGUGGGAGAGAUUUUGACAAAAAUAUUUCUUUCCUCUAUUCAGUGGUGACCCAGCUGUUCAACCCCUACAUCUAUGCUCUCAGGAAUAAGCAAGUCAGAGAGGCCCUCAGGGGUAAGGUAUUUUCUAAAUGGUCUAAGGCUAUUGUAAAAACCAAGGCGUGA